UUCCACUCGGAGCUGUUUUGCAGCAGCACACGUUCAAAAUGGCUUCCAAAGAGCGACCGGUCUGUCAAAUCUUCUCGUUCCAGGACUGUAAAGCCUCUCCCGACCCGGUCUUCGAGCUGCCCGCCGGCUGUCUGACUCCUACGCCGGCCCCGAUAGUGAUAGACAACGGCUCCUUCCAGACCCGGGCUGGCUGGGCGACACCAGGGGCCGAGUCCGACUCGCCGCGGCUUCUCUUCAGGUCGGUGGCGGCGCGCAGCAGAGGCGCCGCCCGCAGCGAGACGCAGAUCGGCAACGAGAUCCCCAAUCUGGAGCCGCUGCGGUGGCUGCUGAAGAGCCAGUUCGACCGGAACGUGGUGGUCAACUUCGAGAUCCAGGAGCUCAUGUUCGACCAUGUGUUCACACACCUGGGCAUCGCCUCUGAGGGCGGCGUGGAACACCCCCUCGUGCUCACCGAGGCGCCCUGCAACCCGCUGCACUGUCGGCAGAUGAUGUCGGAGCUUCUGUUCGAGUGCUACCGCGUCCCGCACGUCUCCUACGGCGUGGACGGCUUGUACAGUCUCUACCACAACAACGCUCAGAGGAACAUCCAGCCGCCGCCACACACUGGCAUCGUUUUGUCCUCGGGAUUCCACUGCUCACAGAUCCUGCCAGUUAUCAAUGGCAGGUUGGACGCGGUGAACUGUAAGCGUGUGAAUGUGGCGGGGAGCCAGUCCGCAUCCUACCUGCAGCGCCUCCUCCACCUGAAAUAUCCAGGUCACCUUGCCGCCGUCACGCUCAGCCGCAUGGAGGAGCUGCUGCACGAACACAGUUACACUGCCGUAGAUUAUCAUGAAGAGCUGGAAAAGUGGCGCAGCCCAGCGUUUUAUGAGCGCGAGGUUCAUCGCAUGCAACUUCCCUUCUCGGGUAAGGUGCCGGGCGGCUCUGUGAGUGUGGAGGAGAGGCAGGAGAGACGAGCUCAGCAGCUCCGACGCCUUCAGGAGAUCAACGCUCGCCGCCGGGAGGAGAAGCUGCUGCAGGACCAAGAGAGGCUGGACAGACUUAUGGCAGUACAGGAGCUGAUGGACGACGGCCUGUUGGAUCAGUUUCACAAGAGCCUGGUGGAGCUCAACAUGGACUCAGCUGAGGAGCUGCAGUCGUACAUCAACAAGCUGCAGCUGGCUGUGGAGCAGGGCAGACAGAAACUUCUGCACAGUGAUGGAGCGGAGGGGAAAAUUGAGGUGUCUGAGCUGGAUCAGCCGAUGGACGAGGGAGACGCGGUGACGCUGAUGGAUUCUGACUUUCCCGAGGACGUGCUGCCUGAAAAGCCUGCUAAUGUGGUUCAGCCCAUGUUCAGCGUGGCGGAGUACCAUCAGCUGUUCGUAGGGACCGAGCGUCUGCGCUGUCCAGAGAUCAUGUUCCAGCCGUCGCUGACCGGAGAGGACCAAAUGGGACUGAUGGAGACGCUGCAGUAUGUUCUGGCCAGGUAUACUCCAGAGCAGCAGGAGGCGCUGGUGAGCAAUGUGUUUCUGACGGGCGGGAACAUGCAGUACCCCGGGAUGAAGGAGCGAGUGGAGCGAGAGCUGCUCGCGAUGAGGCCCUUCCAGUCACACUUCAAGGUGACCAUGGCGUCGCAGCCGGCCCUGGGCGCCUGGUACGGGGCGAGAGACUGGGCUUUGGAGCAUCCCCCUGGAGGAGGAGCGGCAGAGGGAUGGAUCAGCAGACAGGACUAUGAGGAGAAAGGAGGCGAGUAUCUGAGUGAACACUGUGCCUCCAACGUCUUCAUUCCCCUGAAGAUUGUCAAACCGGUUCCUGCUCGCCCCGUGGAGCCCUCCUCCAGCAAUGCACUGACUUCAACUGGAGCUCCUGCUGCUGUCCCCACGGUUACGUCUGCGCCGAGUCCCUCCUCUUCUACUGUCGCUGCUGAUGUUUCUAUGGUUACCUCCUAAACUGAGGUCUCAGACAUCAUGAGUCUUAUUUUUGGAAGUGUUUUUAUUAUUUUCUGUGGUGAAUCCACUCUCAUUCAGUUUGACUUGUGUGCUUCUACAUCUGUUUCCGUUUCCAAUCUCGUCUUUCAACAUCGCCCAGACAGUAAAUCAGAGGACAAUAAGAUUGUCUGAAGGAGUAAAGAUAAAUUAGGUUAUUUUUGUUGUUGAUAUUUCAGAUUGCUGGGAAAUCUCCUGUCUACACAUGAUUGUCACUGCACAUGAAGUAUGUCAAUGUGGUCUGUUGAUGGCAUUUCUCUGUGGACAUAAUACACAUACACACAACGGUGUAAGAUCAGUAGUUAUAUAAAGGAAUUAAUUGAAAAUUAAUUAAUUAUUAUUUCUUUAUGUCCAGUAAUUGUAUUAACAUUUUAUGAGUGUUGAAUGAUGAACACACUUCCUGUCCUGUGCUUUCCGUCUGCAGGGAACCUCACCUCUGAACACUUGUAUUAUCAUGACUGGACCUGUUUGGCUUUGGAAAUACUGAUUUGUCUUAUUUUCUUUAUGCUUCAGGAAUUUAAAAGACUGUUCACAUUGAAUGGGCAUCAAAUGUAUUAUCUCACAUGUCCAAUUGGAAUAUGUAUAUAUUUUUUGUAUCUUUAUAUAAAUAGAAUUAGCUUUUUUUUAUGUUUUUAAGAAAAAUAGAUUUUCACUGAUGGAAAUGCCUGUUUGCUUCUGACUGACUGAUGGGGUGAGAAGACAGUCUGGCUGAUGUCUGAUGCCACUUGUAACAGAUGAAAAGACAUUUUGUUUUCUUACAGUGUUUUUCCACUCACUAGAAAAAGUGAGUGGAUCAUAGCUACUAUGAUAUAUAAUAUUUUUUCUAUUUUGGAAUCUUUCAACUAUUCUUUAGAUUAAUCGAUUAGUUGUGUUAUCUGACAAAUGCAGAAACUGUUUCCCACCGCUGGGGAUGAUUUCUUCAAAAUCACAUUUGAGAACCUGGGACCAGAGAAUGUUCUGCAGCGGUCGAUAAAUAAACCAACACUUUCAGCAUGACUCUGGAUAGUCGAAAGAACAUAGCAAAUUAAGUUGUUCAAGUAAAUGCCUCGAAAGCUUGACAUGUAAAACCACAAACAUUUUUCUAGGGAUGAGAACAAGUUUCAUUUACUAAAUUGGGUGAACUGUCCUUUUAAAUGCUGCCUGUGUGUGGCUGAAUAGUGUUUUGUACCACUAGAUGGCACAGAUGAACUAAAAUCUAUUCAUUAUGUCUUCAGCUGUGCGACUGCACUGUUAACAACACAAGUAGAUCCAUUAUACAGUACAACACAGGCCUCUAAUGUAAUUUCUAAUAGAUUUUCUUAAAGGGGUUUCAUCUUAUUGAACUACGGAAGGUUUUCAGUAAUGCUGAUACUGACGCGGUGCUUGGCGAAUAACAAAAUGUACUUUCUUUUAAACGAACAACUCUACAAACCGAUGGUUUGAUCAGCUUGAUAUUAAGAAAAAACCAUGACAAUCUGAUACUAUGGACACCUUAUGGAUAACGUGCGGAGCUCAAUUCACUUUCAACUGAUCUAAAGGUUUUCAGCCUCACUGUGGAACUGUCAGGUGUUUGCUGAACUGCUGUUUUGCUCCUAGUUGGUCCACGUCAUGAACCCAGCUGACCUCGGCAGCCUGACAGUAUGAUGUGGUGGUAAACUGAAGGUUGAAAAACUCAAGACAGCUUGUUUCUGCCUCUCCUGUAACACACGCACGCACGCACGCACACACAUACACAAACAAACACACUUUUCUUCUUUCAUCCUUUCACACACGCAGUGUGGUCUGGUUUCUACAGCAGUCGGGCUAAACAGAGUCAAAACAGGCAGAUUUAGGCUCAAAUUUAACAAGAGGGAUUACAAAGUGAAAAAACAAGGCAAUAUCUUUUAUCUGUGUAAAAGUAAGUAAAGUGGAUUUAUUUGGAUUUAGGAUUUAUGGCUACACCCCUUUUCAUCAAGGCUUUUAUUAAUGAUAUUUAGGAGACAAACUCCACUAAAGCUGCAAGUGCGACACAAAAAUGUCAACAAUCGCUGUUGUUACUAAAUGUUCAUUUCCAUACGAUGCAUAGUCAUCACGCUCAGCCUAUCGAGCUGCCGCUGUGUCGCGGUUUGGUUUUGUUCUACCCCAUGAUCAAGCAGAUCUUGAAGCUUAUUAAUGAGAGUCUUUGAGAAAUACAUAUUUGAUAGUCAUCAUAUUCAGAGAUGAUAGUGGUGCUUCUUGAGCCUUUACAAUUGUGGCUCAAAUAAAAGACCAAAACAAA